AUUAUAAUAGAAUUCCAUGGUUGAUUGCAAUAUUUGCUUCUGUAAUUAUAAAGAAGAAGAAUGCUUCACACUUCCAAAUUGUCUUCAUCAAUUUUGCAAAGGUUGCCUAUCUGAAUAACUAAAAACAAAAAUAUUAUCUCAAUAAAUAGAUCUAUCUGAUUUUAAGUGUCCUUAAUGUGGUCGACUAUUUAAUCCAGAAAUUAUUGAACAUUUCGUAUCACCAGAACUAUUUAAAAAAUAUUGUGAUUUUGCAUUACAAUUUAAUUCAAUUAUGGGAUUAGAAGAUCAUGAAUUACUUACAAAUUGUUUAAAUGAAAAAUGUGUUGAAAAAUUUAUAAUUUGGAAAGAUGCAGGUGUAUUAACAUAACAUAAUUUUAGAAUAUAUGCAAUGUCCUACAUGUAAAAUGAAAUUUUGUCGAAAAUGUUCCCUUGAAUAUCAUGCAGAUAAGGGAAUUUCAUGUGAAAAAUAAAAAGAAUUACAUAAAGAUUCGUUUUAUAUUGAAAUGAAGAAAAAUUUAUAGGUAUGCAAAUGUCCUAAGUGCAAUAACAUGUGUGAAAAGAUUUCUGGAUGUAAUUUUAUGUAUUGCAGAUGCAAAACAAAUUUUUGUUUUCUUUGUGAUGCCGAGCUUACAGAAGCAGUAAUAUUCAAUUAUAAAACAGUAUCAUUUCUCACAUUGGUAAAAUAAUGACCCAUUUAAAAGUCCAUGCAGAGUUUGGUAUAAUGGAACUUGGGUGGAUCCAGAUAAAGCUCCAAAAGUAGAGCCUGUGAAAGAGGAAGUCAAAGUUGUUUAAGUGAUUCCUGCUGAAGAGAAAGAGAAUAAGAUCCCUUGUCCAAGCUGUGGUAACAAAAAUAAAGAGGUGAGUCAACUUGUAUUUUUUGAUAAAGUUGUAUAAUGUCAAAGUGUCAAAUGUUAAAAUUAAGCAUUCUGCAUUUUUUGUUUAAAACAAGUUCAGGUCAAUGAUGUAAUAGGUCACUUUAAUCAAUAGACAUUAUUAUGUAAAUUUAAAUGAAUAUUAAAUCACAUUAGGAAUUUAAAGUUAAAAUAUUUACAAAUAACUAUGUGGUUCUUUUUAUUUUGUUGAUACAACCCUUAAAUAUUUUCUUACCCAGUUACAAAAAGACCCUAUAUUUGAAAGUGGCUUCAUCAAAUAAAUAUCUGCC